AUGAGGGCAAAUCUCCGGGCCUUCAUAAUCACCCUGGCACUGCUUCUUGGGCUUUGUCAGAGCCAGCUUGACCCAAGGCGCAGUAUCGAGAGAGCGCUGGACCGCCGCCAAGCCGGCGAUUUUGAUGCCGAAUUCCCAGAAUACGUCUACCGCGGCGAGACGGGGAGGAGCCCAGCAGACGUCGAGGAGGACGGGGGUUUUUAUUCGCGAGGCUUGCAGAAGCAACGAGCGAGCAUUUCACUCUCUGCCGUCGAGUUACAACAAGGCAGCAGCCUAUUUCAUCAUGCGGCAGGGGAAACGGCCGAAUUUACACGUUACGUCUCGACAAGUGCUGAUCCCGGCGUGGGACUCACGUUCGCUAUCAACGAUGACGUGCCCGAGCAGAAGGGUUACAUCUACAGGAUUCACACUGAUAAACGAAUGGUGGACGUAAACAGGUCUCUUGGGAAAUACUCACCUUAUCCCGCGCAAAAGGAGCAUGCGGCUAUUGGCUUCAUCUCAUAUGAGCAGAUUGAAGGCUGGUGGGAAGUCACCUACAACAACGACUUUUCCGACCCAAAAGUCGGCAAGGAAAGUCAAGAGAGGCUACGACAGGGCAAGUUUAAGGGGUUCAAGAAGAACCCCAAGUUCAACAAGAGUACUUUCCAAAAGCUACGAGGCGCCGGCGCGGCACCACAGCUUGCUGGGUUCCCUCGCCUCUCCCCUGCAUGGCAGGAUGACACGUGGAGGGUAUUCAAGACACAGGCAGUAGAGAAGAAUCUAGACGAAUUGAUAAGCUCCAUAUGCGCCGACAAGUCGGCCAAGAGAGACGUGAAUUGCAUGGCGCGGCUCGGCCAUCAGGAAAGCACCGGUCCUGCCAGGCCAAAAAACCCCAAGAAACCUUCAAUCCCUCCCGGCUCCGACGGCAAGAGGCCAAAGUCCAAGGUGAACGACAAGCGUCCGAUUUACAAGUCGAGCAGAAUCCGGGUGACUAAGGCUGUGGGCAAGGCCGCUGCUUUUUCUCUUAUACUGCCGUACGCAAGAGACUUGCUCGAGGCGAUCAAGCAGUGGGAUAACCCUAUCGGGGCGGCUGUUCGCUGGUUUGACGACACAAUAGCUUCUGUCCAGGAGGCCAUCGGGGGAUCCUCACGCGAUGACAUCUACGGAAACGAUCUCAAAGCCAAGAUUAUAUGCGCAUUAAAAGGAGGGCUAGAGAGCGAGACGAUCGAAGGGCGGAAGAGCCAUUUCUGCACCCCUACAGUGGAUGAAUUCACGGAGAGUCUUGAGAGGGACUUUAAAGAGGGCAAGAUUGACGAGCUUAUUAGGAUUUGUAAAGGCGUCGACGUAUAUACCGGUGGUGAUCCGCACGUUUGGCGGUGGUCUCAGAGGCGCUGCGAGGCACUUCAUCGCACUAAUGAAUACGCAGAGCGAAUGUGGGAGAUGGGGCUUACUGAGCUCUUGGAUUCUUGUGCUAAACUUGAGACUGACCCCCCCGAGAAUGAGGAUCUUCGAAUCAAGUUGGAGGAUCACUGUAUCGCGUUCCAAGCAGGAGUAGAAAAGGCGGAAAGGGCUGCAAGGAUCCCCGUCGUGGGGAUCCCAAAAAUUACAGCAGGAAGAUGCAAGUGUGACGCCUACCAUUUACAACCAUUUAGCGAUCACUGCGGGAGGAUAUGUCGAGCGUCGUAUGUCUUGGGCGGUUGGGGCGCUCUGUAA